ACUGGGAGACGCCUGUCAUGUUCGCCGAGCUGCUCUUCCAGGCUGCCUGUGUGUCUGUAUUCCUUCAAGGGGCCCAGGGGAGAGUCUACACAGGAAGGAAGAAGCUUGCCAACUUCGCCGUGGAGAGACGCCGUGUGGGGCCACAUGUUUGCCUCUCUGGGUUUGGAAGUGGAUGCUGCCCUGGGUGGAUACCAUCUCCAGGCAGUGGACAGUGCACCCUGCCACUUUGUUCCUUUGGCUGUGGCAGUGGUUUGUGCAUCGCUCCCAAUGUCUGUUCCUGCAGGGAUGGAGGGCAGGGAAUUACAUGUCAAGAUCCCCCAAAUGCCUGUGGAGAAUAUGGCUGUGACCUUACUUGCAACCACGGUGGCUGCCAGGAGGUGGCGCGUGUGUGCCCACUGGGAUUCUCCAUGACAGAGACUGCCAAUGGUGUUCGGUGUGCAGACAUCGAUGAAUGCCUGAGUGCUUCCUGCGAAGGCCUGUGUGUGAAUACAGAAGGGGGGUUUGUGUGUGAAUGUGGCCCAGGGAUGCAGCUUUCUGCUGAUCGACACAGCUGUCAGGAUACUGACGAGUGCCUAGCAACACCCUGUCAGCACCGCUGCAAGAAUAGCAUUGGCAGUUACCGAUGUUCUUGCCAUCCUGGCUUCUACCUGCAUGGCAACCGGCACUCCUGCAUGGAUAUGAAUGAAUGCCGCCGACCCAGUGAGAAGCGAACCUGCCAGCAUUCCUGUCACAACACAUUAGGGAGUUUUAUGUGCAGCUGUCGCCCUGGCUACCGGCUCAGUGUGGACAAAGUGUCCUGUGAAGGUUUUUCAAAGACCAGCCUGGCCCCAUCUCCAAUCCUGCAGUCUCUCCAGCAUCCACCAACUUUGCUACACCUUUCUCCAGAAUCUAUGGCACCUCUUCAGCCUCCUAGGGGCUCUCCUCCUUCCCGAGCUCCUGCUCCCCACAGUGUACCCAGAACUCAGUCCCCUUCUCUUCUCUUGCCUACUUCCCCUACACUUCCACCUACUUACACAUUCCCUGAAUCCAGUCCUUCCCUUGACACGUCCUCUGUGCUAAGAACUGCCAGGCCCUCUGUGAUAAUGAGCCAUCUGCCACCAUCAUUGCUACGGGAGGAAGUUACGGUGCCCCCUUCCCCAAGUACUGCUGCUCCAUCAGUUUCCCCUGCCACCCUGCCGUCGACCUGCUGGCAUGAAGAGGUUCCUCAUGAGAAUGGGAGCCACUGGACAGCACCAGGCUGCCUGAACUGCUCCUGUGAGGAUGGGCAGGUGCUGUGUAUAGUAGUGACAUGCCAGGUUUCCUGCUCCCACCCAGUUCCUGCAAUGGAAGGGAAGUGUUGUCCUAGCUGCACAGGCUGUUUGUAUGAUGGGAUUGCCAGAGCCGAGGGGGAUGUUUUUGCGCUCUCUGAUGAGAACUGCACAGUCUGUGUCUGCCUGGCAGGCAAUGUAUCCUGUAUCUCUCCUGAGUGUACACCCAGUCCAUGCCCCAGCUCUGUCCAGAUAGACUGUUGUCCUUGCCAGCCAGCAGAAUGCCAUUUCCGUGGCAUGACGUAUGUAGAAGGAGCUGAGUUCAGCCUGGAUGGAGAUGACUGUACCACCUGUGUGUGCAGGCAAGGUGAAGUUGAGUGCUCCUUCACUCCCUGUCCUACUUUGGAGUGUCCCCGAGAUGAGUGGCUAUUGGUCCCAGGGCAGUGUUGCUUCACCUGCAGAAAGGCUGCACCCAUGACAGGUUGCUUCGUGGAUGACAAUGGAGUUGAAUUUCCAGUUGGACAAAUCUGGUCACCGGGUGAUCCCUGUGAGUUAUGCAUCUGCCAGGCAGAUGGUUCUGUGAGCUGUAAGAGGACAGAUUGCCUAGAGACGUGUCCUCACCCCAUACGGAUCCCUGGCCAGUGUUGCCCAGACUGCUCAGCAGGUUGUACCUAUGCAGGCAAGAUUUUUUACAACAAUGAGACCUUCCCAUCUAUCUUGGACCCCUGCCUAAGUUGCAUUUGUUUGCUAGGCUCUGUGGCCUGUUCUCCCAUAGACUGUAUCGUCUUCUGUACAUACCCUUUCCACCCUGAAGGGGAGUGCUGUCCUGUUUGUCAUGACUGCAAUUACAAAGGAAGAAAAGUGGUGAAUGGACAUACUUUUGUUCCAGAGGGUGAACCCUGCAUUCACUGCACCUGUGAGCUUGGAGAGGUGACCUGUGAAAAGAGACCCUGUCCAAACACAUGUACAGAACCGUUUGCAUCCCCUAUACAUUGCUGCCCGGACUGCCACGGUAAUGAAGUGCCAGAUGCCCUGGCCUCACUGGAGAAUAGACUAGCUGCAUCUCAUCCAGAGGCUGGAGAAUCAGAGAGAGCCUUUCAAAGACAUUCCAUGGCCUUGAUACCUGAGGGCAACUGCAGCCUCUGCGCUAGCAUCUCUGUACCUGCCUCAUUCACUCCAGGAGUUCCUCUUGCGUCAAGCAACACAAUUACUUGGGAGACUCAGCAUGUGACCCCAACUCCAUCAGGGAAUGCUGGGCUACAUCAAAAUAGGCCAGAGGAUCCCUCCAGGCUGCGACUCAACAGACCACCAAGUGUCAGGCCUUCUUUUUCUUGGUUAGGCUAUCCUGUGACCCCUCGGAUGAGGCCAGGAGGCACUUUGCCACUUCUAAGCAAAGCAGAAGGUGUCAGGACUCCUUCCACCAGACAAAGCUCUUUUGGUUCGCCUUCGGAUCAUCCUCACCUGCCUUCUCUCAUUACAAGGACAACUGGAACAUCUGUACUAUCCACUGCUGUUUACACUCCCACUUCACCUACUGCAGCUAACCACACAGAUCCCAUUGGUCCUUCAUAUUCCGACAGGUUUCCUCUGCCACCUCCACCAUCAACAAGCCCCACUCCAGACUCUCAAGAACUUCCUGGGAACUCAUCUCACACAAUUAAUUUACCUGUGGGCCAGCAAACUGUAGGGAGCAGUCCUCCACUGACCCCUAGUGAUGAAAACAACAUCAAUGGCACAGCUCCAUAAAGGAGGGCCUAUUUUGAACAGGAGAAAUCUAACCACUUCAGCCUCAUAAAUGGAGGACAUCUACAGAUAGGGUUGCCACUAGUGGUAUGAGCUGGCCCAGCCACUACUUUUCCUUGACACUACUCUCUGUCUUCUUGAAGAGCAGGUCUUUUGGUUAGGCCUUAUGUGAACUUUAUCCUACUGUCAAGGAGAUGAGACCCAGUCUAUUACCUAUAACAAAUAUCUCCCUGACUGUAGAAUGCAGUGGAAUGUCUUUGCAAUCUUAUGAUAUAUAGAUUCCAAAAGUUCCUUCUGCCCCUUUGGGAAUGUGGCUGUUGAAGGAUAUAUUGGAUAACACCAAUAACUGCAUCUCUUUUUCUUGAUGUUGUGAGAUUGGGUGUGCUGCCAGCACUGCAGUGAAAGUAAUCCCUGUGCAGAUCUGCAGUGAAAGUAAUCCCUGUGCAGAUCUCCAUGUAGUAAAUCUCUUUACAGUCCAGGACUAGCACAGAUAUUUUAUUGCUGCUUGCAGGCUUAUAGGGAAACUUCAGCACUGAGGGGUUUGAAGUGAAGCUGGCUGAUUUUCAUUGCAGCCAAAAGUAUACUCUCUGACCAAAUUUAUUUUAACAUAACCAUACCUAUUUUCUCACUGUGUUUACUUACUGGUGUGUGUGUGAAUCUAAUACUAAAGCAUAUCUCUGAAGUCCUUUCUUGCUUUGGUAACAGAUUUAUUAGUACGUAUGGAGUUCUAAAGUUCAAAAGAUUAUAGUAUGUUGAAACUAGAUUUAUAUAAAAUAUACACCUUGUGUUAUCUGAAUGUAAACAUGUUCAUUCUAGGUUGUAGGUAAAUGUAUAUUUUGAUAUUUGAAAUUUUAACUGAAAUUCAUGUAAAAAAUCUUAGAUGUGAGAUGCCAGCUACCAGACACCGCUCCCCCUCCCCCAGGAAAUAAUUUGGUCUGUUACGAUCCUUGGACUUGUUUUGGGACUGGAAAGUGUUUCCAGUGCACUCCUCAAAGUAGUGGCAGGAGACUUUUGAAAAAACUACCUCAGAGAGGAGUCUAAGAGGGGGACAUCUAUGUUAAUCAUUUGAAAUAUCACUAAUUCCCAUGGCUUUCUGCAAAGAACCCUAAGUAUUGCAGUUUGUGAAAGACCCAUAAAUUCUUUGUUGGUUAAUUUUGGCUCCUUCAUGAAAUGGCAACUCCUGGAGUUGCUUGGUUAUAAAUCAUGGCAAUUAACAAGGUUUGGGAUGGGUUUAAACGUACAGUAUCAACUUGCUACUUGGGCACAUCCAUAUAUGGCAUUUUGGAAAGUGGUUGCAUCCAGCACACAUUUGACUUUCACUGUUCAGGCACAGGGAGGUUUUUGCCUAUGUCAAUUCCCCUGCCUUCCAUAAGGUAAGUGAAAGCAUAUCCUAUAGAGGCUGUGCAACUGGAUCCAGGGUGGCAGUGCAGGGUUCGACUCAGGAAGAAGCCUACGAGGCCCACCUACCUUUACCAUAGAUAAUUCCUACUUUUCUAGUUUAGAGCUCAGAACCUUUACUGAAUGAAGAGCAUAUAACUACUGUGGGGGCAAGCCCUAAUUCUUUUGGUAUUGAAUCUCUGGCUUGAUGAAUCUGACACAUAUAGCUGCCAUAAACUGGAGUCAGACCACUGGUAUGUCAAGGUCAAUAUCAUCUACUCUUACUGGCAACAGCAUUCCUUGGUCUCAGGUGGGGUCUUUCACAUCUAUAUUCAUCUUUCACUUCUGUACUCAAAGCAAAUGCUCUACCUCUGAGUAGAGUUGCCAGGUCUCCCUAGCAACAGUUUGGAGGGUGGGGGCACCGGGGCGGGGGAUUUCUGCACUUAUCCUCUAAUUCCUCGGACAUAUGUGCCUCCGUGUCCAUCCAGCACACAUCUGACUUUCACUGUCCAGUCACAGGGAGGCUUUGGCCUGUGUAAUUUCCCCUGUCUUCCAUAAGGUAAAUGAAAGCAUAUCCAAUAGAGGCUGUGCAUUCCAUUAAACUGGCCUCAGGGUGGUCAAUGCAGGGUUUGACUUAGGAAGAGGCCUACAAGGCCUACCUGUCUUUACCACAGAUACUUCCUAUUUCUCCAAUCACUACACAAAGAGCAUAGAGACUGGGGAAAUUCCUAGAGCAUCACAGAGAAGGUGAUGUCACUUCCAAGUGGUGGGUUGGAGUAUGAGACAUCACUUCCAGGAUAUGCUAUGGGAAUCCCUCAAAUCUCUAUCAUCUUUACCAUAGAGAUUGGGGAAAUUCCUAGAGCCAUUACCAUUGAUGCAAUUCUCUCUCCCAUUUUUUUUCUCCUCAAACCAUCAAGGGCAGGGGAUUGAUGGUGGGAAUUGCCCACUCUCAGUGGGGAAAUGGCAAGCCUAGGUUUGCCUAUGGUUCCUAACCAGUCUCCUAUCUAGGCCCUGCUCCAGAUCAGUAACAAGGAUUGCAUCAUGUGACAAAUCAUAAACAUGCUUUAAUCACAAAUUAAAGACAAGCAGCUUUGAAAUAGGAGAUUGCCAUGGGUGCAAAAGCCAGUAUGCAGAAUAGAAUCUUUCCAUGUGGACACAUUAGGAAUCUAGUUUGAAAAUCAAGAGUCCUCGGCAUACUUGCAUACUGUACCACAAACCACUGGAAAUGUUUCAGCUCCUCUUCCAUAAAAUGGGUGGCAGAACCUCCCUGCCUCAAGGAGGUGUUUCUAUACUUCAAACAUAUAUUGAUGUUAAGCUAUGUUAAUUGUGGCUUUGCCAAAGAACCCUGAAAAGUAUAAUUUAGUGAGAAAGUUAAAAAAUUUCUAAUGAUUCCUAACACCUUUCCUAGAACCAACCCACUUUAUGUGUAAAUAUGCUUUAAUGUAAGUGUUGCAGAUCCUUGGAUGUGCCUGGUGCCAAAAGAGCAGGUUAUCAGCUUUCUUCUGCUCCAAAAACUCCCUGAACCCAUUCCUUAUUCCUAACAUUCCUAUUGUCCCUUAAAUCAAAGAGCUGAUACACGCUGACACAUCACUUGAUACUCAGCUGAAGGUUAAAAGCAUGAUGUUUUGAGGUGACAGGAAGGCUUUCUGUGGUGUUUGAUUUGUGAUGGCUAUUUCAUACACAAGUGACAUCUCUUGAGUAAUUGAAUGGCAAUCAUGCACGUGUGAACUCACCCUUAGGUGGGCUAAUAUAUGCUGCAAGCGAACUCCCAGAUGGGUGUUUUAUGUUUUUUGUAAAGCCUUAACUGUGUAUAUUAUAAUUUGGUGUUCAUUACAAUUUGAAAGAGAGAUUUGUUUUUAAAAAUCAAAGCUUGUGUCACAUAAAUUUAGCAUGUAUUUCAACAAAAUUGUUUUUAGAACAGCUAAGUGUUCAAAGUGUACUAUUUUUAAUAAAGACGCUCUACAAGGAAUAACCUGCUGUGAAGGCCAACAUAUAGAUGCCUGCCUGGCAAUUUCAAACAGAGGCUUUUCAUUGAGCCCAUUUUUGUGGAGACACAACAUUCUGUUUGUGCAUCAGAACAAAGAUUCUCAGAACUUGACUGAGGAAGCCUCUCAAAAUGUAACAAAGCUGAAAGCAAAAUGAGAUAACCCCAACAAUCCUACAAAAGUUAAGCUUGAGUGGCAUUACUCUGCCGCUCCAAUGGUUAAUUUAUGCUUACUGGAGAGCCAUACACCAAGGUCUCCUGCAUUGCCUGUGUUCAGGACCAUGCUCUGGCAUAACAUUGGCAUGGCUCCACUGGAAUACUAUAGCAGCACAAUGCUAAUUCAGAACCUCUCUGUUUUCCUUUUUGGGAGACAAUGGCAUGCCAGCUAAGCUAUGCCAUCAUUGGUGGGCCUCUAGUGUAGCAGGAUCAUAGGAUAGCUUUGUUGACCACAUUUGGAAUGGGGGAACACUAAUUCAGCAUAAAGUGCCAGGUAUUUUGUGUUUGUGUGUGUUAUCUGCCAUCAAGUCACCUCCGGCCUAUAGUGACCCUAUGAAUGAAAUCCAAAAUGUGCUAUCCUUAACAGACUUGCUCAGAUCUUGCAAAUUGGAGGAUGUGGCUUAUUUUAUUGUGUCAAGCCAGCUCAUUUUAGGUGUUCCUCUUUUCCUACAGCCUUCCACUUUUCCUAGCAUUAUUGACUUUUCCAGAGAAUUGUGUGUUCUCAUGAUGUAACCAAAAGUAUGAUAGCCUCAGUUUUGUCAUUUUAACUUCUAGGGAGAAUUCAGGCUUGAUUUUAUCUAGUACCCACUUAUUUG